AAGUUCCUUCAUGUAUAAUGUAGGAAUGGUCUUAUAUACCUGUUGGCGGAUCCUUACCAAACACAGAACAAAAGAACCUUGCAUUUGGUGCAGCUGCCAGCAUGGUGCAUCCAGCCACAGGGUACUCCGUUGUGAGAUCUUUGUCAGAAGCUCCAAAAUAUGCUUCAGUAAUUUCUAAUAUUUUGAAAGAUGGCCAUGCCAAGGACAAUAUUACCCAAGAAAGAAGAAAGGAGAAUUUGUCUAUGCAAGCUUGGAAUACACUUUGGCCACAAGAAAGGAAAAGGCAGAGGGCAUUCUUUCUUUUUGGAUUAGCUCUAAUUGUGCAGCUGGACAUUGGGGGAAUUCGAACAUUCUUUCGUACUUUCUUCUGCCUACCUGAUUGGAUGUGGCAGGGAUUUCUUGGCUCCUCUCUCUCCUCUACAGAUCUUUUAUUAUUUGCUUUCUACAUGUUCAUAAUAGCACCAAAUAACUUGAGAAUGAGUCUAGUGAGACAUCUGCUUUCAGAUCCUACCGGUGCAACCAUGAUAAAGACUUACUUAGCGGUAUAGUACGUUUCUUUUACUUAUUUCCCACGUUAGGUACUCGUAUUGGGAGAAAGGUUAGAUUACUAUAGGAGUCAUUAUAGUAAUUAGUAGGUUCUUGUAUAGACAUACAUGUUUUAAUCUGAUAUGGUCUUAUGAAUUUUAUAUCUAUCCCAUCUGCUAUUAAACAGCACGUGCAUUUUAUAC